UGCGGUUCGUGUGAUCCGGCCUCCCGGUGGGGCAGAUUCCGAUUUCUCGAUUUCGCUCUCUCUUUUCUCAACAAUUUUCUCCCCGCAUUUGCAAGUGCUCGUUCGGUGGAUGCAAUUCAAGUCUAACUUUAACCUUUCACCGCGACCACUCCCGUUGAAUUCGUGAUUUUUCUUCUUCUUCUUCUCUGCUGUGAUUUCUGAAUCUGUGUUCCUGGGGAAUUCGUUUCGUUGCCUUCAUUAACAAUCCAGCCAGCGCUGCUGUUCGCUGGAACGCAUUAUUACCUCACCGGAUCAAGUGUUGAAAAUUGUAGCAGCCAAAGAAAUCUUAUUUAAUCGGUCCUGGGUUCUUUUUGCGGGGGGGUGCAAGGUAGAUUCUCGUGUCGAGUUCUGUCUCAUGAUGAUGGACAUGGAAUGGUUGGUGGGAGACAUCGUCACAUUGCUGGAUCGAAGUGACGUGACCUCUCUUUUCUAUUUUCCUUUUGCCAGGAUACUCGCAUUCAUUCCAUCCUUCUCCUUGUCUGUGCAUUGCCGUGACAAAUCAUUUCAAUCCUGUCCAUUUUGUUGCUCAGGUCAUCGCUUCCUCGAAUCCAUUCCAAUGGUGCUACCAUUAAGAGGCAUGAUUAAUUAACCAACUGAUUAACCACCUGAUUAGUGGUCCUAAGACCGUUUCUUGUCUAAAUUUAGCAGAACCUAGUAGUUUAGCUAUAAGGGAACAAAUGGCGUCUUUUUUUCCCUCUUGAUACUAGUAUUUCCAAAAGGGCCGUACCUUUCUCUGUCACGUGGUCAGGCACAUCUUUGCAUGUAAAGCCCUGAUCCUUUCGCAGUUUUGUGUCUAAAUUCCAAGCCUUGUUGUCAUUUCCGAAAAGGAUGAGGGCUCUGUUGCCAUUCUAUUGAUCAAGAUCGAUAGGACAACAAAGUUUAUCAGUUAGUCGCUGUCUUAUUACUGUGCGCACUUUUUUAACCCCAAAAAUGCUGUGUGAUAGGAUUCAUCCAUAUGGAUGAGUGCAUGACAGAUGCUAUGUGAUAAGUUGAAUUAUUUAAUGUGAUUAGAGGAUUGGAUAUGCUCUGAGGAUACUUUUGGAAUUUGCAUUAUUGAUGUUUACUGCUCCAGGGGUUGCUUUUCCACGAUGCUUUUACUAGCUGUUGAACUCCCAGUGUUAGUACUAUCACUGGGUCUUUUCAUGGCCUUUACCCAUGGGUCCCAAGAAUUAAAGCAUGUACAGUCGAUCCAAGUGGCCACAUAGAGAGAGGGAGCUUAGGAGAGGGAAUAAAAUGGGGCUCCUGUGGUCUAUGUCAGAUUGAAUCAGGGGGGGCCUUUGGAUCUUCAACUGCAUAGGUUGUUUUCUUGAGGUGUCAGCAUUUCGGGAGAGUAAGUCUGACGAUAGGAGAUUCUACAUAUUUUCCCCCACAAAGACGCUUCACUUGAAGACAGAUUCAAAAGAUGACCGUGUUGCCUGGAUUGAGGCCUUGAUCUUGGCAAGGAGUGUGUACUCUCUUGGGUCACUCAGUGGGAGAGUAACUUUCGUGCAGUGCGAUGUUUCGAUUUCAACUGCAAGGCUUCGAGAUCGAAUGCAUCAGGAGGGUCUGAAUGAGAAUCUUAUUGAGGACUGUGAACAGAUUGUACUUUCUGAAUUCUCAAGCUACCGGAAGCAACUGAAGCGGCGUUACGAGGAUUACUUAAGCUUGUUUGGGUCCUGCAGACACAAUUUUGAGGAAGGUAAAGAUGGAAGUAUAACACAGGGGGAAUUGACAAGAAAUGACUUUUCUAGUUCUCGGCAUGGAAAUUUUAGUGAAUAUAGCACAACAGAAUCUGAUGAGUUUGAAAAGAAUGAUGGAGGUGAAUUGACCUAUGAAGAAGAAACUCCAUUCUUUGAUUCUGUGGACUACUUCAUAGAAUCAGACAACAGGUCUUCAACCAUGCUAAGUGUUCAGGAAGUUGUGGAUACCCAAACACAAGAUUCUAGUGACAGGUUACCACAUAUCAGACGAAGGACUAGACUACCAGAGCCUACUGAGAAAGAGAAAGGGAUCAGCCUCUGGUCCAUUAUUAAAGAUAGUGUUGGAAAGGACUUGACACGAGUUUGCCUUCCAGUUUACUUCAAUGAACCUCUCUCAUCCCUUCAAAAGUGCUUUGAAGAUUUGGAAUAUUCAUACCUCUUGGAUCAGGCCUAUCAAUAUGGAAAAAUGGGAAACAGCCUCAUGCGAAUUCUCAAAGUAGCUGCUUUUGCGGUCUCCGGUUAUGCUUCAUCCGUUGCAAGACCUUGCAAACCAUUCAAUCCAUUGCUAGGAGAGACCUACGAAGCUGAUUACCCUGAUAGAGGAGUUCGGUUUUUCGCAGAAAAGGUUAGUCAUCAUCCAAUGCUGAUUGCCUGCCACUGUGAAGGCAAGGGUUGGAAAUUCUGGGGCGACAGCAAUCUCAAAUCCAAGUUUUGGGGGCAGUCAAUUCAAGUUGAACCAGUUGGCAUUUUGACUGUGGAAUUUGACGAUGGUGAAAUCUUCCAAUGGAAUAAGGUUACAACGACUAUUCAUAACCUCAUCCUUGGGAAGUUGUACUGCAGCCACCAUGGAACCAUGCACAUAAAAGGGAAUCGUCAGUAUUCAUGUAAACUUAAGUUCAAAGAGCCAUCACUUCUUGACCGGAAUCCUCACCUAGUACAAGGCUUUGUAGAGGACAAUGAUGGGAACAAAGCUUCAUUUUUAAUAGGGAAGUGGGAUGAAAGCAUGUAUUAUAGUAAUUCUGAUACUUUCAAGGUGAGAAGUGCUGAUCAACUGAAAGGUGCCUCGCUAUUGUGGGAAAAGAACAAACCUGCUCCUAAUCCAACGCGGUACAAUCUGUCUUCGUUCGCGAUCACAUUGAAUGAGUUAACCCCAGGGUUGCAGGAAAAACUUCCACCUACAGAUUCGCGGUUGAGACCAGAUCAGCGCCACCUAGAGAAUGGCGAAUAUGAAAAGGCGAACGCUGAGAAGUUGAGGUUGGAACGGCGUCAAAGAAUGUCCACGAAACUUCAAGACAAUGGCUGGAAGCCCCGGUGGUUCGAGCAGGACAUGGAGAACGGGACGUACCGCUACAAAGGCGGAUACUGGGAAACGAGAGAGAAGGGACGCUGGGAUGGGUGCCUCGACAUAUUCGGGGAAUUUGCUGAGACAUGAGCACCCUGUUCUUGCAGUAGCAAAGGAUCAAGCAGCCAGCACCCAUCCGGCAAUGCCAUUUAGGAACGACAGAGCACCGCCAUCGUCGCUGGAGCUCCUCUUGUUAAACAAGAAUAGGGGAGCACUGCGCGAGGAAUAUAGGGGAAGGCGGCAUUGCCAUCAUGAACUGAAUGGUAGCAAAUAUGGAUGACGAUGGAGGCAUGGCCAGUCUGUUAGUAUAGUAUAGUCCCGAUGCAAAUAAGAAUGUUGGUCUCCAUUCUUUGGUUCCUUGUGUUGAACAUGGAUCUGUUGGUGUUGAGUAGGCUACCCGGCCUUCAUUUCAUCAUGGAAGAGAUCAGCUUGCUCGGCUAUGGCAAAAUUUUGCCUGCCCAUGUAAUGCUUUUGCCGAUUGUAGCCAGGAUGGGAAAAGAACCUUCUGUAGAGAAAAAGAGCCAGUAAACUUACAUGAACCUGACAUAGUUUAGCAAAUAAAUUUCCUUUAUUUCCUA